AUGUCGAACCAUCAAUGGUAUGGAGUGUACAAAAUCAAGUUCAAACUUGCCAUGCAGGAUCCUGACAUGCCGAGUCCACGAUUCCAUACACUCAUCUUCGUCGAGACGAAUGCGCAAGGACCGGGCACCGGUACCAAGCACCACGUCACAGGCGAUAUCGUCAAGGGCAUGUACUACGAGUCCAAGCCAUACCACAACCCUGAUAAAUCGGAGAGCCUUCAUUCCAAGGAACUUAUUGGCCACACAAAUGCCUCCAACUAUCCCCACGAUUUUGACAAGAUCCUCAAGGCCGUUCCGCCUCCCUCGAAGCAAAAGGCUUUCAACCAUCAAAGCAUGAGGACGGAACCGGUCAAGUCGUGGGAGCCUUUGACAUUCUACAAACCUGGAGAGCCUCGUCAGCCGUUGGUGAAAUGUACAGAGUGGACAGAGCAGCGGGCUAUACCUGCACUCGGCAAAUACGGUCUCGUUCAACAGAGGUAA